GCUUUAAGCUUCUUGUAUCUCACCGGAAAAAAAAGACCGUUUUCAUUUCACUGUUGUUUACAUAUAAUGGCGUGGAUAGACGGCACAUACUCGCAAAUCCAGCCAUGUUACCAAGACACUCAAAAUGUGCAGAUUAUUCAGCAACCCGCUCCACAACAGCCCACUACGAUCUUCCAGCAGAUUCAGUCAGCUGUGCCAUAUCCAUCUCAACUCAUUCGCCGGGCACAUGUCAAGGAAGAUCUGGUGGAACUGAUGAUGAUCCAAAAUGCCCAGAUGCACCAGGUGAUUAUGAGCAACAUGACCAUGUCUGCGCUCAGCUCCUUCGGCUACUGUCAGGCCCCUCCGGCUACAGAGGUACCGAUCAGUCAACCUUUUGCACACCCUGUGACCGUGGAGGACGAGAGCCCCGAGAUCUGCCACCAUUACUAUCAACCAGUCCCGCUCUGCCUCUGCCCUUCCUGGAUCGCCCCGCCUCAGCCCCAGCCAGGAAUCGCAUACCAGGCCUGCAGCGACCACCAGGCGCCGAUCAUUACUUCCCUCAGAGACAGGAGGGCUAUCCCAUCUCCAUCUCCACCCACACCCAGAGCAUUGUGGACUGAGGGGCCUGGCAUCCCACCUGCAGCAGUUAGAGUCUCGCAGCACUGUGAAGGGAAGCGUGCAAGAGAUGAGGAUCCGUCUUCGCAAGUAUGGAGGCCGACCAUGCAAGUGACGAGAUGUACGAGAAGAAAAUCGCUCUGAAGUUCCACACAGCUCUCCAUAUGUACAAUUGUGUUAUGCCUUUUUAUAGUUUUAGCCAUGUUAAUAAUGCUUUAUGAAUGCAUUAUGAACGUAUCUAUUAUGUGUUACCCAGAUUUCAAAUUAAAAAAAAUAUGCAUGGCUUCUAA